AUGAAGGAUCGUUAUUCUCUGAUUACGGAAUUUCUUGAAGAUUUUCCUAAGAAUCACUAUGAGGAUUCUUAUGAAGGCAGUUCUAUAUUUAAAAUUUUUUUUAGAGCUAUUCGGGAUACUAGAACUUUAGUUGUAGCUUAUAUUUGGCGGUUUAUAUUAGCUAUUUCAUUUCUUUUAUAUGCACAUAUAUAUGCAUAUUCCAGGAAUGAGACAAUAGCUAUAUUAAUUAUUGAUAUCAUUAACGCUCAGAUUUCUAUUAACGCGUCAUUAAGGAUGGCUUUAGAGCUUAGUGAUCGAGCUAUUCACAUUAUCCUUCUUAUCAUUGUUAUUAUUCUCGCUAGUUGCUCCUUUUAUAUUCCAAUUUUAUUAUUAGUACUAAAUCAAAAUCAAAUGGAUGAUAGGCGAAUACAUUUAUAUAUAUUUAUUGCUGUCCUUAUAAUUGAUAUUAUAAUUUGCUCACUUGCGCUUAUAACACGUAUUCAUAGUAAAAGUCGUAAUAAAUCAAUUUAUAGUGACAAUGAACCAAAUAAGUUAGUUAUUAAAAAUUAUCGGACUUCUAUCACAAUUAUAAAGCCAGAAAAAGAUUUAAGAAAGUUAAAAAAUGCGUACGCUUAUUAUAAAGCAUCAUUUUAUGGUGCCCAUCUUACAAUAUCUACCUAUUGUCUCUUUACCGCUAAAUGGUGCUUACUUACUAUUAGUAAAAUUGAUCUAACUGUACUUUAUGAUAUCAUUCCUUGGUCAUUACUACUUCCACUAUGUACUUUUCUUACAAUAUUUAUAGGGGCUCGAAUAUUAUCGAAUAAUGCAAUAGUUUUGGAUUGUAUUAUUCAUAUAUUUCAAAUAAUAUACAUUUUACAUCAAUUAUUAUGUUUGCCUUUCCCGCCUAUUGAAUGUAAUAAAUUGGCAUUAUCUAGAACCGUCCAAAAAGGAUUCGAGAUCUUAUCAUUACAGAAUUUUGGAUUACAAAUUUUAACCUUCAAUUAUUCGGAUAAAAGUUUUGAAGAACUUAAAUUGCACCUUGAAUAUGUUCCUGCCGAUGAGUUUGAAUACAAAGAUUGUAGAGAUAUGUAUGGAAAUAGUCUCGAGAAAGACCUUGAGGAGCAUACUAAGAAGAGACCAUUUUUAAUGCACAUUCCUUACGACUAA